AUGGCGAAUAAUGUGCUCAUCAAAACUUCGUUCUUAUUAAGUGUCAUUCUAUUAACUUUGAACACAAGCGAACAAAUAUCGUGCUCUGAAAACAACACGUUAUUGAAGACCACGGGUGAUGCUAUUUUGACUGUCUUUGUGGACGCCAAUUAUGGACAAUACUGCAAUAUAUCGUCAUCCAAAGGUGUUCAACAAAUCUCAACGAUACUAUACGUAGUGCAAACUCUAAACAAAUAUGAAUAUAUACCAGGUGUAAAAUUAGGGCUAAGGAUCUUCGACACGUGCCAUAAUAGCAUUACGGUGUUUAGACAAGUUCUACGAGCAGCAGUCGAGCAAAGUUGUGCGCCGGAUUACGAGAUGGGUAUACUGAUGCCGUUCCAGUAUGGACCCAUGAUGGAUUAUCUUCGCGAUCACGGCAGUCUGCCGAUUGGCAUCUACGAGGAACGGGAUUUUACGGUGUCUGUGAUCGAUAUCGUGGCGCAUUAUCUGAGCACCAGGUACGAGAUCGUCGAUCUCGUGUACGCCAACGCGGAUUCUGUUCUUAAUCGUUUCCUAGAAGUUACCAAGGACGCUGGUGUGUGCGUGAAACGAAGUGACAGACGCGUCAACGGUGACAAGUAUGCGAACGUCACGGAAACGGUGAUAGUCGCAAUCGGCAAGAGAAAUGAUGUGCUACGAUGGCUGGGAGAAAACGAGGAAUCAAGGGAUAUCAGGGAAACGUGGCUUGUGCUGCCGCUCGAUAAUUCAGAUAUUGACGAUCUCAUACCAUCCGGAUCGUAUGUCAUUAAGCCGGAAAUUCCUCGUUUCGAUCUUGACGAGUUCUCAAGCGCGGGUGAAUUCCUGGAGAACUCCAACAACUCAGCGAACCACUCCCCGUAUCUUCUCGACAUUGGAAAAGCCGUUAUCGGAAUGGCGAACGUUUUCCAGGAUGCCCGCAAGAGAAACUGGCUCAUCGGCGACGAGGAGAGCAACAUCGUGACGAAAUCCCCAAAAUCGCAACAGGAAAUUCGCGAUUCCGAUGUCUACGACGUUCUCCACAUGCAGUCGCGAUCGCAUUCGGUAAGAUACGUGAUCGCUACGAAAACGCAGCACGAGCUCAUCGACGUCGCUCUCUACGAGAUCGAUGUACCCGAGUUACGCGUUCUGCCGAGGAGAACAAUGUCCGGAAUGCCGGGGCUAUGUCUGAAGCAUCUCGCCGAGAAUUGCGAGAACUGUACGAAUUUUCAGAGGCGUUCCGAUGUACACGACAUUACAAAAGUGGACGUCGGCAAAAGUAUCCUGAAAAACAACAGCUACGUUCCCGUUUUCCUAAUCGCUAUCAUAUGCGGUACUAUCGCGUGCUGCAUCAUGGUGAUCUUUAUCACCUACCGUUUUGUGAUUAGAGAACUGUUGGAUGUCAAUCCGACCCUUACAAUCAUCCUCGUCCUGGCCAACCUGUUUACUCUGCUGACGGCGCUGCUCUUCUGCGUGACAGACGAUUAUUUCGGCGCGGAGAAGCUGAACGCCUGGAAGAUCCUCUUCACCACUCUCGCGUUCGGCCUCGUAUUCUCAAUCAUGCUCUCGAGAGUACUCUUCUUGGCUUUGUCCAUGAGCAGUGUUUUCAUCACUUACAUUAACGGAUAUCUUCAGAGUCUCAUGACGCUCUUUAUGUAUGGCGUGCAAAUCGCCAUAUCGAUUAUGUAUUUCGUUCUGAACACAAUGAAUUCAGCCGUGGUCGCCAGGAGUCUCAUAUUUAUUACGUUACUAGGGUACAAUAUAUUUUUAUUAAUUGCAUUGAUCGUGGGAUGCUGCUUUAUUAUCCGAAUACCACGCAAUUACCACGAGGAAAAAUGCUUCUUCGGCACCGCUGUCGGCCUGCUAGGAACAUGGGCGACAUGGCUGAUUUGCUUCAUGUUAAUGCAGCCGGAAAAUCGCGACGCAAUCGUUUUAUUCGGUACAGUUGCCACGGUUUAUGUAAUUAUUUUCGGUGUCUUAAUACCAAGGUUUUAUUACAUGGUCAUGCACACCAAAAGAAAAAAUCCCGAACAAAGAUUCAAUCAAUCUACUAUCAGUUUACCAGCCGAUUCUAUUGUUAAUACAAUCAUCAGGCAGUCGCGCUCCUACUCCCACGACUACGUUCAUCCUGCUCGAGAAAGUCAAGUUUUACGAGUGCCAUCAGAAUAUCCAAAUUAUUACGGUAAUUCAAGCCCGAACUUGAAACAUCUCGAGAGAUGUAGAAAUCCGAAUCAUCGCGAAACACCUACGUGUAAUAAUUACGAAUGUCAUGCGAAAAUGGAAGCGAUCGACGCUGCCUAUGUCACACCGCGAAUAUAUCAAGAAUAUGUCGAGAACACGGAGUCUUUAGCAACGAAUGGCGUCAUCUACUCGCAGCCAAGAAUCUAUAAAUCUGAGAGAAUAAUUCUGGGAGAGAAAAGCAACGUAAAAACCAUUUAUAAUACAGGUAAUUCUUCAUCUACCCCUAGACUACACGUCGAAAUGUAUCCCAUGAGAUACACUAGCCCAACGAAUGUGGUAAGGAAACGAAGAAUCGAUAAAGAAGUAGACGAAGAGGAUGAAGAGAACGAGGAAGAAAACGGACAAGAAAAUGAAGUUUCCAGCAAAGUUACCCGCUUUUGACAAGUUUAUUUAAUGUAAUGUACGUCACUCACCGAUAUGAUGCGUAGCGGCGAAGCUGCAACUGAAAUUAUGUUGAACUGCAAAAUAUAAAAGAGAAACAUACCAUAAAUUAUAGCAACAAUUAGAGCAGUUAUGUAAAAAAAUUAUUAAUCGCGCUUAAAAUAAUUAUAAAUAUAUCUUUUUGCAAAUGACAAGUGAAAUAAAAAGAUAAUUUACUCAC